UGAUUCGGCUCCAAGUUUCACCACGGAAGCUGAGUUGAGAAAUGUUGCGAUAGAGUUUCAAAGUAUGAUCGUUUAUAAUCUGAAAGCUAAGGGUUUCGAACGAAGAGGUGUACAUUUGAACAUCAUCUGAUUAAACUGGUGGAAAUCACGGAGGGGUAAAUAUGAUGCAUAACUGAUAGGCCACAGAUGACAACAGUGCUGGUAUGGUUGGUUGCCCCAGAUAAGAUCCCACUAUGAAGUGUCUGCUGAUAGCCAGCGAGAGCGCGGAGGUCCUCUUCUAUUGGACAGACCCAGAGUUUGAACUCAACAUCCAAGAGCAGUAUGGCGCGUCACAGGAAGAGGGGGAGAAGCCACCAGCAUUUGAGGACAGCAUCAACACUCUGUUUGCCCCCAUCAUCAUCUCCUGCAGUACCAUGGUGGACAGACUGGGAGACAGCUAUACAUCCUUUUGUACUGAGAACAACCACACCUAUGUGCUACAUCAGUUUGAUGAGUGUCUGUACAUCGCUGUGAACGGAGACAGAGAAGAGGGCGAGGAGGAUCUGAAGAGGAAGAUUUACGUGAUGAAGAAGAUGAUUGAGGUCCUCUUCGGCAUGGUUACCCUCAGCAGCACCCUGAUCAGGAAAGAGCUGCGUCCUCAGGACACAGAGCAGAGGACCAAUCUAUGGAAAUAUCUACAGAACCUCCUGGAGACCUACAGCCGCCUCCAAGAGCAGGACCAGAGCUUUUUAGUAGAGGCAGUAGAGAGGUUGAUCCAUCCUACUCUAUGUGAACAGUGUAUAGAGUUUCUGGAGCGUCGCUUGGUGCAGCAGAUCAACAGUAGUGUGGAGAGAGCAGGAGAGGAGGUCCUCCAUGCAUUCAUACUGGUGCACACCAAACUACUAGCCUUCUAUUCCAGUCGUAACGCUAGUACCCUCACCUCGUCUGACCUGCUGGCUCUUAUCGUCAUGGUGCAGAACAUGUAUCCUAGCAACAUCGACCUGGAGGAUACUGCCCCCGAGGAUGUGGAGAACACCUCAGCCCCAGAUAUAUUCUACACUCCAGAGCCUUCCCCUACUAAUAGGGACUCUGGGACUGACAGGGACUCUGUUAAUUCAGGCAGACAUGAGGAGAGCAGGCAUGAGGAGAGCUGGCAUGAGGAGAGCUGUCAUGAGGAGAGCUGUCAUGAGGAGAGCUGUCAUGAAGAGAGCUGUCAUGUGGGGAGCGGUACUCCUGUGUUCCAGUUUUUGGAUCCAGACAUUCAGAUGGCAGAGGACAGUCUCCAGACCCUGGAAGCUCCUCCCCCUGACCCCUCAAACCCUAGCAGAGUCUUCCUAGAGGUCACGCUGAAGGAGGGCUGCUAUCCCAUGAUGCCUCACUCCAUGUACUGUCUGCCACUCUGGCCGGGCAUCACUCUGGUGCUACUCACUAAGAUACCUAACAGUAACCUGGCCAUGUCAGUCUAUGUGUUCCUGGAGGCAUUUGCUAAGUUGGAGAAGCGUCUGAGUGAAGGUCUGGAGGGGUCAGCGGCCCGCGGCCAGACGUCCAUACAGGACCUCCGCAACAAACUGGACAAGUUCAUUAGGGCAUUGGGAACCUCAGACAUACAGACGUCCCAGCUACAGAGUGUGUGGACAGAGUUUAAGAGCCGGGCAUUCACCAGAGGAGGACCUGGCUUCAGCAAGGACCUGGUCCCCUGGUGUCGUACUAUGAAGAGCCAGCUGUGUGGAGUCUACCGACAAUGUUUCAUCACAGAGAACACAGUUGGAGGAGGGAAUCCACAGCGUCUAUCACCCAGUCUACAGGACAGAGCUCUCACCAUGGUGCAGGAGAAGUUGAUGGAUUGGAAAGACUUCCUGUUGGUGAAGAGUAAGAGAAACAUCACCAUGGUGUCGUACCUUGAGGAGUUCCCGGGCCUGAUCCAUUUCAUCUACGUCGACCGCACCGCUGGUCAGAUGAUCGCUCCAUCUCUCAACAUCACGGACCGCGCAACCUCUGAGCUAGGAAAGGGGCCACUGGCUCACUUCAUAAAGGGCAAGGUAUGGGGCCUGGUUAAUACAUCGAGGAUUUACCUACAGAAGGGUUAUUCCACUGUCACUCUGAGAGAUGGAGACUACUUCUUCUGCUACUUCCUCUGGUUCGAAAACGAAACGGGCUACAAGCUGGAAGUAAAGGACCUGCCAAUCCUGCCCAAUGACUCCGCCCCCAUCGGAAUGCUGGCCUGGGACUACUACAGGAAGCUGUUGCGCUAUUAUAGUAAGAGCCACCAGGGGGAGGUGGUGAAGUGUUAUGAGCUGCUGACAGUCCAUCUAGGAGUCAUCCCAACAGAGUACAUACUACAACACUGUAGUCAAUUAGCACGCAAACUCUGGGAGCCCUCACGUAUACCCCUACUGUAGGAGACACACACACACACAUAGAUCACUGAUUGUACAAAACAUUAUGUACACCUGCUCUUUCUAUGACAUUAACUGACCAGGUCAAAGGUAUAUCUUAUUGAUGUCACUUGUUAAAUCCACCUCAAUCAGUGCAGAUAAAGGAGAGGAGACAGGUUAAAGAAUAUUUUUUAAGCGUUGAGAAAAUUGAGACAUUGGUUGUGUAUGUGUGCCAUUCAGAUAGUGAAUGGGCAAGACAAAAAGUGCCUCUGAACAGGGUAUGUCAGUAGGUAGGUGCCAGGGGCACCGGUUUGUGUCAAGAACUGCAACGCUGGGUUUUUCACACUCAACAGUUUCCCGUGUGUAUCAAGAAUGGUCCACCACCCAAAGGACAUCCAGCCAACUUGGCACAACUGUGAGAAGCAUUGGAGUCUAAAUGGGCCAGCAUCCCUGUGGAACGCUUUCAACACCUUGUAGAGUCCAUUCCCCCGACUAAUUAAGGUUGUUCUGAGGGGAAAGAGGAGGGGGAUUCAACUCAAUAUUAGGAAGGUGUUCUUAAUGUUUUUUACAUUCAGUGUAUACACACCGCAUUACCACGGUAAUACACACACAAACACCAGGGAAGGCUGGUGGGAGGUGCUAUGGCUGAUGAUUGCAAUGGCUAAAAGGGAAUAAAUGGAAACCACAUGUUGGUGACUCUGAUCCAUUAAUUCCAUUCCAGAUAUUACAAUGAGCCUGUCCUCCUAUAGCUCCUCCCACCAGCCUCCACUGACACACACACACACACACACACAUCUGUGACCAUGAAACAUGGUGGUACACAUUCAACCCUGCUGAAACGUGUGGGCAUCAGUGCCAAUAAAGGAUGUUUACAGGUGACAGUUUGUCCAACAAUAACAGUGUGUAUUCUAUAUUCCAAAUCAUCCUGUUCUACCAUCUGCAAGACACUGGAAUGACAUAGCCAAGUGAUUGACCUUUAGCACUGAUAAAUACUGUUUAACUGGCACUUGUCCUGCUGCUUUUAUGAUAAUACACGUCACUGUUGUCAUCACUGGCUUUUCUCUGAAACCUCAAAAAUACUUUAUCCUUUCAUUUUUUUGUUUUUUGAAUAGAUUGUGAACCGAUGUAUUACCUAGUGGAUAAUGACAAGUUCAAACUGCUUUGAGUAUUUUCAGUGAUAGCAGAUAUUGCAGUUAUAAUAUAAUCUGUUUUUCUUUUCUUUUUGUAAAUGUUUAUAUUGUCUUGUAUUUCACCAUGUAUUGAAUUCAGUCAAUUAUUGUAUUUUUUUUCUUCAUUUCUCACAGGCAGUUAAUUUUCUAUAAUGUUUCUGCUAACAAUUCAAAUGGGUGUUAUAGUGAUGACAUGGCAGUGCAAUGAAAAUAUGAACAAGUAACUCACACAGCUGAGCGUGAUACCAGGUGCAUGGAGCAAACAAUAUACUUAUUAAAUAUAAGAAAAAUAUUGAUGCUUUCAAAAAUGUUAUGGAUCUAUUUAUCCACUUAGUUUUGAGACACUGGUAAAUAGAUCCAUUGAAAUGUUGGAAGCAUCAAGAUUACCAGUGUGCUUGUUUCUUCUUUUGAAUGCAAUACAAAAACACUUCUCCUUGUUUCUUUGCUUUAAACCCAGUUGAGCUGACAGACAUUUUGUACUGUUUCGCUAUUGUUUUCGUCUUCAAUCUAGUAAGAGGGCAAUAUUUUAUUCAUGUAGUAGUCCCCCCCCCCCCCCCCGGAAAGUUAGGACCUUUGGCUUUCACCUGGAAUUGUUGAUUUAUGCCUGGGAAAGAAAAAAGCCUUUUCAACCCAUAAGAUCUAGUACAUAAUAGAAGUAUACUAAAAUGAUGGUAUGAUAAAAAUAAUCAAAUAAUAAUCAAAUGUGUGAAUUAAGCCUUUUCAUACUUUAUAAAAUGUCCAUAUAUGUUAGAAUCUAUUUUAGGAACAUCUACCCCAUAUAUUUCACCUUCUUCAUUACUUUACCAAACAUAUGAUUAUAGUUAUAGUCAAAAUUGGUUUCAUCUAAAUCAACAUUUGGGCCAUUUUAACAGCAUGCCUCUCUGCUAUAGGGGAUAAGGGCUAUGUAAAGGGCUCUAUUUAUUUAUUUUUGCUGAGCAUAUGAAAGUCUGCUGCCUCCAACAUAAAACAAAUGUUUGACUUCCACACAAAAUUACCUACACAGCCUUAAAAUAUUCCAAAACAUGCAUCCUGUUUGCAACAAGGUACUAAAGUAAUACUGCAAAAAAAUGUGGCAAAGGAAUUCCAUUUUUGUCCUGAAUACAAAAUGUUAUGUUUGGUGAAAAUCCAACACAAACACAUCCCUGAGUACCACUCUCCAUAUUUUCAAGCAUGUUGAUGGCUGCAUUUUAUUAUGGGUAUGAUUGUCAUCGGCAAGGACUCGGGUGUUUUUCUGGAUUUCAAAAAAAUGGAAUUGAGGUAAGCACAGGUAAAAUCCCUGAGGAAAACCUGAUUCAAUUUGUUUUCCACCAGACACUGGGAGACAUAUUCACCUUUCCGCAGGACAAUAACCCAAAUCACAAUGCCAUAUCUGAGCGGCCUAGUUACAGUUUUGACUUAUAUCUGCUUGACAAUCUAUGGCAAGACUUGAAAAUAGCUGUCUAACAAUGAUCAACAACCAUAUUGACAGAGCUUGAGGAAUUAUUUAAGAGAAAUUGGCAAGUAUUGCACAAUCAAGGUGUGCCAAGCUUCUAGAGACUAAGCUAAAAAGACAGCUGUAAUCACUUCUAAAGGUGUUUUUAACAUGUAUCGACGGGGGAUGAAUACUUAUCUUAACAAGUAUAUUUGUGUUUUGUUUUUCAGAAAUACAUAAUGUUAGUAUUAUUCAUCCACUUUGUCAGAGUAUUUUGUCUAGAUCAUUGACAAAAAAUAAACGUUUAUUUUUAGCCCGA